CAAAUUAAAGAACACAGUAAUAAUGGGGGAAGAUAUAACAGCAAUCUUGGGGAUGGUUGUUCUGCAAAUAUGCUACGCUGGUUUGAACAUAAUCUCAAAGCUCGCCAUGCAAUCUGGAAUGAACCCUCUCGUUCUUCUCACUUACAGGCAGAUAUUUGGCACUCUCGCCAUUGCUCCUUUUGCCUUUUUUACUGAAAGAAAAACGAGGCCUAAGAUCAGUGUUGCAGUUCUGAUUCAGAUUCUUUUGUGUUCCUUAUCAGGAGCAACAGCAAAUCAGAUACUGUUCUUCAUUGGGUUGAAGUAUACAAACCCAACAGUUUCAAGUGCUAUGGCCAAUAUUCUUCCAGCUGCUACUUUUAUCCUUGCUGUUCUUUUCAGACAAGAGAGUGUGAGAAUCAAGACCAAGCCAGGGCUUGCAAAGGUAACAGGGACAAUUAUAUGUGUUUGUGGGGCAAUGCUACUGUCUUUCUACCAUGGACAUACCAUUGGCUUGGGUGAGUCCAAAAUUCACUGGGCAUACAUUGAGAGAAUGAGGGACAGAAACCCGAACCGUCAAGGAAACCAUGUCGUUGGCUCGAUAUUGUUGCUGUGUAGCUCUUUUGCUUGGGCAUUAUGGUUUGUGAUCCAAGCAAGACUUAGUGUCAAGUUUAAAGCUCCUUAUACAAGUACCACAUUGUUGUGCUUCAUGGCCUCCUUCCAAUGUGGAAUCAUAGCUGUGAUUUCGGAGCACAACAUUGCUGCUUGGUCUUUGAAAAGUACGAGUAGACUCGUCGCAGCUCUUUACACGGGAGUUGUGUGCUCUGCAUUGACAUUUAGCAUUACUUCAUGGAUCAUACAGAGGAAAGGUCCUCUCUAUGUCGCUAUUUUCACCCCUUUAUUGCUCAUCAUUGUGGCUAUCCUCAGUUGGGCUCUCCUCGGCGAUAAACUUUACGUUGGAACUGUAAUAGGCUCUGUUUUGAUCAUCAUUGGGCUUUAUGCUGUGCUGUGGGGAAAGUCCAAAGAGAUGAAGCUGCAAGAUCACAACAUGGAGAAGCCAACAAUAGAGAAGCUGCCAAAUGGGACUCAUAAUAAUAUUGAUGAAAAAGAUGACAUGGAAAUGCAAUUAAGCUUGAAAUGAAGGUUUUAUGAUUCCCAUAUGAAUUUAAAGAAGUUUGGAAAAAGAAUGGAGAAAAAAAGAGGCUUCCACAUUCAAAGGUUCCUUUGGGGUUUCAAUUUUCAUUGUGUAAAAGUUCUC